AUGUUCAUUUUUUUAUCUUUGCCGAAUGGGGCAGAUCAACCACAUUCAACAAAAGAUAAGAACACAUUAUUAACAUACCAAGAAUCAUUAAAGCAAAAUCAACGGGAAUUAAUAAGCUCAGAAUACCAUACUGGCUAUGGAAAUUUAACAGGUUUAAAAUUGUCUUAUGUUGAUAAUCUUGAUAACAAAAAUGUUCUGGAUUGGCCAUUUCGUAAGUAUAGCAAGAAAAAACCGUGGGCUGAAGACGAGAAAUAUUCAUUAUUUCCGAACGAAGUGAGUGGUAAGGUGAAGGAGUUUUGGGGAAAUGAUCCAAUUGAUGAAACCGAUACCAAUUCGCCAGCAUAUUUAUUAAACAUAACUGGUAAAGCACACGGCGAAUUUGAAGUAGAUAAGCCAAAAAAACAAUUAAAAAAGUAUACUCUACCACUUCCUUCGUACUUACAGGAGUACUUUGAUUCAUAUACCAGAGGAAGAAGGGAGGAACAAAAAGAAAGAUAUGACGAAGAUCCUGAAAAUAAUCCACCACCAGACGACAUUGGAGCUGUCCCAGAUAAAAUUGGUAACUUUACAGAAGAUUCAGGCAAACUUUCUUUGUCCAUAAAGAGUUUCGAUUAUAAUUAUCGGCAUCCAGGGAUGUCCAGAUUUUUGUAUAAUAAGACUAAAGACAGUAUAAAUGACGCUGUAUUGGUAGAGGUGAAACUAAAUUUAGUCGACCACCCCGAGAUUAACCGACACGAAUUAAACACUUUGGGAGUGUAUUUUCAGAAAACAGGAUCGUUGGUUGCAAGCACAAGCUCAGCGAAGUUUUCGGGAUUCCAUGCAUUACCUCAUUUUACUAUGGGCGAAGAUAGCUUCAACACGUCGAAAUUACUUAUGAGCCAGUUUUUGAAUAUCACGGAUAUUGACAGAGAUAUUAAUAUGGAUGAAAUGAAUUCAGAUAUCACUAGGUCUCUCCAACAAUGUGAGUAUUUAACUUUCCUACAAUUUGAAAAAACAGAAUACCUGAAGAGACAAUUACAAGACAUUGAUGAAGAGUUAAUGAAUCCUAGUGGAAUACCAAUACCACAACAGAUACCUCAAAUUGAAGUUAAAAGUGCCCUCUUGUAUUCUCCAGAUUGCGGAAUAACGAUAAAUUUAAAAGCAGAUACCAAGCUCCAAGGAAACAAAAUAGAGGUCACUGAUAGGCAGUUUAAGAAGAUCUUGAUCUUUUUUUUGAUUUUAGUUCUGGUACAGUUAUUCAUCUUUAUUAGACAAAUAAAAGAUACCACUACUCCAGGUCAAUUGUCCAACAUUUCAACAUCAACAUUAUCCAUUAUUGGAUUUCAGGACUCAUUAAUUGCAUUGUUCUUUUUGUUAAUAUCAACGUUAACAGAGAGUUUAUACUUGUUGUUCUCAUGUGUUGCAGUAAUAUCUUUUAUUACUUGCGGAGUUUUUGAAAUGAGAUUCAUUGUGAGUGUGAUGGUAAACCAAGGGAAUGAGCGAGGUACUACCUGGUGGGAAGUUUUAAGAGGAAGUGUAAGCAGAAACGAGAGAGGAAAUAGUAAUGCUGAUAGUGCUAGUGAAGAGAACACUCAAGACACAAAUGAACCGGCACCUGUACUUGCAGCCCCAAUGCCUGGAGCUAAUGAUGAAGCAAGAUAUUCAAAUGGAUUGUUUGCAAGUGGGUUUUCUUUAACGAUUAUCGCUACGUUUCUCAUCCUAAACGUAUUUACCUGGAGAGUAAAGUACCGUCAAAUAUUUGAAUACGUUGGUUUGCUAGCUAUCAGUUCGUACUGGAUACCCCAGUUUUUAAGAAAUACAUUGAAGAAUAGAAGAAAGACGUUCUCUUGGGAAUUCAUCCUCGGGACGUCGUUGAUUCGAUUGCUGCCAAUUUGGUAUUUGUGUCUUUAUGAACAGAACCCGCUAAGACAUCAUUACGAUCCAAUCAUGGCCAUGGUUAUAACCCUCUGGUAUGCAUUCCAAAUUGGAUUAUUAAGUCUCCAGCAAAUCCUCGGCCCUAGAUUCUGGCUUAAUGAAAAGUGGUUACCAAAGGCAUAUGAUUACCAUCCAUUCUUGAACAUAUCAGAUUUGGAAAAUGGAUUUGCCUCUGAUAUUUUAUCCAAUAUUAGAGCUCAAAAUGAAGAUCCUGCAAAAUCGGAUAUCAUAACUUGUAAAGUCGAUUGUACAAUUUGUAUGAAUGAAAUAGAGUUGCCAAUAGGGGUAAACCCCGAAUCAAAGAGACCAAAUAGGCAACAUACGGAUAAGUUAAGAGGCCAGCAAUAUAUGAUAACCCCAUGCCGUCAUAUAUUUCAUACUGAUUGCUUAGAAGAUUGGAUGAAAUACAAACUACAAUGUCCGGUGUGUCGGAAUGCCUUACCUCCUAUAUAG